AUGGCGAACAUAAACGGGAACGCAGGGCUUGCUUGGCGUGGCACGGACAAGGGACCUGCUGAGAGGUCUGCGCUGAACGUCGGCGCAAGCACUGGUCUACCUGCGUGGUUGCUGCUCCCGGAACACGUUUGGUUCCGGAUUUUCUGGUGGGCAUCCGCAGAAGGCAAUGACUUAGCGUGGCUGAGCCAGACUGCCGCCUUGGUUUGCACUCAAUGGAACUAUCUCGUGCGAAAAGUUGUAUAUCCCCGGCUGGUACGCCUGAACCUGACGAGCAUCGAACACCAAUGGAAACGCUGCCGAUUGCGUUUGCGAGCGUCAGAAGAAAAUGCUGAGGUUAUUCAGGAAACGGAUAAGCACAUAGCCGGUUUCCUUGAGCGCCUCUUCAGAGACUGUAGUUGUGCCCGCUGUCUCGUUGCGACGGACUGCUACCGGCUCGUGCGCGACAGCGUGGUGCAGCAUAUUCACGUGUAUCCACCACGUUUAGUGGAGCUGCAUUUCUCCAAUUGUGCGCUACUCUCGGACGUAGGCGUUGGUUUCAUGCUGCAACGCAUAGCGGCGCACCAGGCUGGGGAACAAACCUGGAUUCACACGCUGACGUUCUUCGCCGAGAAGCUCACGAGCCGCGCGGCAGCCGAGAUUGCACGUCGUUGCCCUUUUCUGCAGCAUCUGGAGUUGCAGUAUGCUCGUCUGGACGACGAAAGUCUGCGCGAACUCGGAAAGCUCAGAUUUCUGCGACAGCUCAAGGUGCGCGGCUCCGAGGCAGUCACUGACGCGGGGAUCACGUACUUGGCGCAUCUGGAGUUCCUUGACAUUGCGCUCUGUCCACAGAUAACCGACCGAGCACUCUUCACUCUCGCUCAUAGUGUACAUUUGCGCAGACUCUUACUCGCGCAUCAGCGGUACAACGUAUGGUGUACUGGAAAGUGGACGGAAAGUGGGCUCAGUGCGCUCCGCGAGGCCGGCGUUGAUCUUCACUUUAUCGAUGUAUAA